AAUCGGAACGGAACGAAAUCGUCUGGGCUCGGAUCGGAUCGGUUGGGUUUAGUCUUAAUAGAAUCUCAGCGAGAGCACGACAACGUCCGCCCUGUCAUCAUGGAUUUCGACCAGAUCUUGGAGAAGUGCGGCAGUGCGGGUCGCUAUCAGUACCUGAUGAUUCUGCUGCUCGGCUACAUAGCCUUCACGUCCACCGUUCACUACUACUCGCAGAACAUAAUUGGGUUUGUGCCCCAGCACUGGUGCUAUCAUGAGGCUCUGGCGAAUCGUAGUUUUGAGGAGAUUGCCGCCGUGUAUGCCCCCUUUGGCAAGGAGGCCUCCUGCACCCGACUGGACAGGAUCGAGGGUGACCGGGUCACGGUGAGUAAUGAGACGUGCCAGCGUUGGAUAUACAACUAUGACUUUGGAUUCAGGAGCAUGAACGCGGAGCUUAACUGGGUGUGCGAUGAUGCCUACAAGGCGCGGAUCGGACAAUCUCUGUUUUUCCUCGGCUCCCUGGUGGGAACCUUCACCUUCGGCAUGCUGGGCGACAAGAUCGGCAGGGUGAGAGCCGUGAUCCUGGCCAAUCAGUGCGGAUUCGUCGGCGACUUCCUCACCACCUACGCCGCCAAUUUGGUGCAGUUCGCCAUUUUUCGGUGCAUUUCUGGUCUCGCUGCCACGGCAAAUUAUUAUCUGAUGUUUAUUCUGGUUCUGGAGUACUUGGCGCCCAAACUGAGGAACUUGGCCAUAAGUGGAACCCUUGGCAUAUGCUUUUGUCUGGGUGCUUUGGUGGCUCCCUGGCUUUCUGUGCUGGCCGGGAAUUGGAGGAUCUACCUGACCUGCUCGGCGCUCCUCCAACUGGUGGUGGCCCUGUUCUACUUUGUGGUGCAGGAGAGCGCCCAGUGGCUGAUCACUAGGACCAAUGUGGAGGGGGCGAUUGCCAGGCUGAAGCACAUUGCCCACUUUAAUGGAAGGGAGGUGAAAGCAGCCGACUUCGAGGCCUUCCGGAGGAAUUGCAUUGUUAAAAGAAAGCUCUCAAAUCAACCGGAGCAAACGGCUGGAAUUUUCGAUCUUAUGAAGACCCCGAAUCUUCGCAAGAUUUCACUGCUGGUGGUAAUCACAUUCAUGCUGACUUCGCUGAGUUUCAACACCAUAUCUCGAAAUGUGGAGGGCUUGGGACUGUCACCCUUUGUGGUCUUCUCAUUGUUUGCCGUGGUCGUUCCCCCAUCCGGAUUCAUCCAGGGCCUCCUGCAGAGUCGGGUGGGUCGCAAGGCCACGGCCUUUCUGGCCAUGCUCUGCACCGGACUGCUGUCCUGCGCCCUGGGCGUGGCCCUCUCCACCGAUGGCGCCCAGGGCAACGUGACCUUGCUGCUGGCCUUCGCCUUGCCCAUGCGACUGGGCAUCUCCAUGUGCUACACGGUCACCUCGCAGUUCGCCUCGGAGCUGCUGCCCACCUGUGUGCGCUCGCGUGGGAUUGCUGCAGUGCACCUGGCCGCAGCGGGAGCCUCCUUUGUGUCGCCCUACCUCAUUCACCUGGGCACAAAGCUGCCGGCAGCCCCGUCCCUCAUCCUGGCCCUGCUCCUCCUGUCUGCAUCCGUUUGCACGCUCCUGCUGCCGGAAACGAACAACAAACAACUGCCCAUCACUUUGGCCGAUGGCGAGGCCUUUGGCAAGGGCGAGUCCAUGUUGCCGUUUGAUUGUUGGCGUCGGCAUGAUGACGAUGUGUCCAAGCAACCCGUCGAGGAACUCAGACUGAACCAACUCAAUGGACAAACAAAAUCUGACACGGAAGCGGAGGUGUAGCGAGAUGACCCAAUCAAAGUAUUCCCCCACUGACUGUUGUAUUAAACCCCAAAGGGUCUUUAGAAAAAAAAGGUGGACACGGUAGUUGCGAAAGUUGUCAAUAGAUGUGAAGUUUGCUUUAUUUUAUUGAUUCACUGCUGUUCACAAUUUAUAACACAAUUUUAACUUAGCAACUUGUAUUGAGCCAAUUGGUUGAGUUCAUUAGCUUUUUUGAAUCGUGUGUGUCGGUAUUGUUGCCUCUGUAUUAAGUACUUACUUGUAAGUAAAAGGGUCAUAAGUAUCUUGUAUCUUGUAAAUGGUUAUGUAAACUCUUGUAAUUAUGUAACGCUUAAAUGCCAUAAACAUAACGGCUACAAUUUGAUCGCUUCAUUCUGCCCCCAAUUGCCAUAGAAAGUCUUACAAACUCUAGCGUACAAUUAAUCGGAAUCUCAACGGGGAUUUCCGCAUUGCGAAACUGACCAAAGGUCCGUUCUCUUAAAUCUAAGUGUAAAGUCUAGCGCAGACAUGGCGAGAAGUGAUUUAGGGCCAUGUCGCCGGUCGCCAGAUAAUAAAAUGUGAAACUAUAAACCAACCCGAUCAGGUAUUCAGCGAAGGGACAAACUUAACUAGAGUUUCACCUUAACUGAGCAUAACUAGUUCAAUGUAAAAUGAUAUAAAAUGAAUAAAUAGAUUGUUCUCAGGGCAGUUCAGGGAAAUACAAUCGGUGUGUCACCUGUGAAACAACUUAGAUUAAUGCUCAUAGGAAGGCAACCGCAGCGUUUUUCUGAUAAUCAUCUAUUACUAUGUAUAUUUGUGUAUCAUAUGUGUGUAUUCGCUAAAAAAGUUUUCUACAUUAACGCAACAUGUGUAUUUUUGGGGGAGGCGGGGCCUAUAUGCCCAAUCAAACAUAUUCUCCUUGGGGUUUAUAUUCAAUAAAUUUAUCAAUUCGUUUUUCUAUGAGCAAUUCUGGCGAAUGCUAACAAAUACAUUGGGUACAUAAAUAUUUCUGAUAUCAGUAUCUGUAACUUUAAUCUGUGUAUUUGCCUGGCAUCCAAGCGGACACGUCGGAAACGUCAAAAACGUCCUAUAGAAAUUGCCUAGCGCUAGGGGUUCCCGAUCUCUGCGAACUGGGCCUAAUAACAAAUGCUCUGCUCGAAAUUCUUAAUAUUACGGAAUGCUUGUAAAGGUGUUAUAAGUAAUGUAUCUCAGUAGAUUUGUAUGUAUAAAGUAGGUAGGUGUGAAGUCUGCAUCGCAUCCAUAAACAUGUAUAAUCAACACUAGUUCACAAUAGUUCAGUUGAAUCCGAAAUGCACGUACACAGUAAAAAGGUAAAAAGAUCCCUCAUAGUUCUCUCGCAACCUGAGACCGAGUACGGGGGUACUCCAGUAUCCUAUAUUCGACUAUAUAGCACCAUCUCAGUGAGUAAGUGGAUAGGUAAAGACCGAGUGGCGAUUGUUAAAACACAACCGCCACUCCUCCCGCGAUCCUAAGGUAAGUGAUAUACUUGAUUUAGGUGGUAAGUACAUAGUAAGUAGUAGAAAAAUAUACAUGUAGUAAACAUUGAAACUUUGGAGACUUUAGAGGGAAUAAACUAUGGCUACGGGUGUGUGUGUAUAAUUAUGUAUAUGUAUAUUAGGUGUGGGUGUGAUUGGGCUCCCAACAAAAUUUAUGGCUUAGAUUAGAGAGCCAACCAACAGCUAACGCUUCAAUCUUAGAUUAUGAACUAUUUGUGGGUAGAAUUAGUAUCUGUGUGUAUAUUGUGGUUUCCUACUUGCGCUUUCUAUGCUACUAAAUACCAUUUACUUUUGCAAUAUUUGCUGCUUAUUGUUUGACAUUUAUCAUAUGCUGAUUUAGAGAAAGUAUUCUAUGUCCACAUCCACAUCCACAUCCAACUCCGGUUGCAUUUUCACAUUGAUUUGCAUAGCUAUAGCUUCAAUAUCAACUUCGUAAUCAACUUCGUUCGUGGUGAGCCAUUCUACCAAAGUGUGUAAAUGUACAUAUGUCCUACAACAUGAUCAUCACCAAAUUUUCAGGCGUGUGCAUUAUUUGUGUGUUUCGAAAACAUCGAGUAUAAAAGACAAGCGGUAUUUAGGCAACGAGUGAUUCAGCAAUUUUCUUUUAUAAAAAACAUCUUCUAUAAAUUUGUUGUCAAGUAUCAUUCAACUUUAAAUAUUACUUUGUAUUAUCGGUAUUAUAUUUACGAUCAUGGUAAAUAUCCACUUACACCAAAAGCAUUCAUAAGACUCGUUUUUGUAUUCUUAAAAGUGAUUUCUCUGAAACAAUUCAUCUUAUAGAGCUGCCCUACGACCUAAAGGGUAUUCAUAGAUAUAAUAUGUAUGCCUAUAUAAAGACCACAAUAAUCAGAUUUGGAGGGAGGUGAUAUCUUUGGCUGCUAUGGGAAUUGAUUGAUUCAUUGAUUGCUAUGGUGGGUCUAUACCUUUUCAGGAAGUUGGAGGCAUGAAGCUGUUAGCUUAGCUGGAUUUGCACAAUGUUCGCGAUAUGUAUGAUGUCAGGAGAGAUAUAUGCAUACAGAUUACAAUGCCGUUUGCUUAAUGUCUAAGAAACGAAAGAGUGGAAAAUAAACCAAAAAUGUUGAAUUUACAAAAAUGUUAUUUGUAUUUUUCGGAUAUUAUGGAUAGGUUUACAAAGUAAGCUUAUGCCUCGAUUUAACUAGGUUUUAACUGUAUGUUUAGUUCUAGUUUUAUCGUAGUUUAGCGCAUAUAGUAUGCCAAUUGCGAAUGCCUCUCAGAGGGGAGAGGGGAAAAAAACACACACAUACAAACUGUCUUAAUAUCUAGGCGGCCCGACCUUGGGACCUCAUCGUUUUGCUUUACAGUUUUAGUUUUUUAUCUGCAUCGAAUAGCUGAGAAUUGCGCUUACAAUUAGUGCCAUAAACUUGAUAAGGUUUUUUUCUUAGUUUCUCAUGUCUGCCUUGAUUACUUUGCUUUUUGUUUUUUUUUUUGCGUAUCAACGGUUCUGGCAGCGUCAUCGCCAUUUUCCGACGUAUUCGAGUAUUCAGAAAUCAUCAUUCCACACUCUUAACUCUAACUUGUGAAUGUUACAAUCGUUUUGCUUUCUUAUACCGCUAGUAAUGCUUCUCAGAGUCGUAGUGAUCGUUAAUUGAUAAUUAUCGCAUAGUUAUUACAAUACAAUACAAUACAAUGCA